GUGAAGUUGAAGACGAAUUGGAUUCGAAGUUCGCUUUCGAAUAGCGAAAUGCAACUCUGGUGCCUUUUUGACAGUGUUGUGUUUUGACAGCAGCGUCAGCUGUUUUUGACGUCAAUAUUGCCGGCAAGGAAAACAAAUUGUUUACCGUGAAGCGUUGCGAAACGAAACGAUGCUUCGCUCACGAAUAUUUUACCGCACUAUGUGCACAAAAGUGGUGAAAGAAAAUGCUUCCAGCCUGGAUACUGCUCGGUUAUAUGCGCCCUACAUAGGUGCCCAAUACCGAGAGGUCCAGAAAUGGUUGUUAAACAAUCCUGCACUGCUAGAGUUGGACCGGAAAGAAACAGUAAAGAAACUGUCCUACCUCAAAUAUGUUCAUGUUACACCUGAUGAAAUCCUUGAGCAACCUAACGUCCUCCUGAACCAUCUGAUUACGCUGGAAAACCGUACCACGAUCUUGAGAGAGUGUGGAGUAGUGGAGGGUCUUACACUGAACGCUAUUGCGAACUAUCUGAAGCUGAUACGCAGGAGCAUGGGGGUGCUAAAGCGUAACCACUUGAUUCCAAAAGAUUUGGACAUGUACGAACAGCUAAAGCGACAGUUCGAGUGCACGGUGGAACCGACCCUUCGUUGGGACGAUCGCACGCUACUACAAGAUAUGCGUAUUGCAUUCUACAACGAAUUUUUCAAAAAACGGCUUGACUUUGGUGCGCCGGAGAUCGACAAACUGUGGAAAUCAUACUCGAAAAUUAAGCACAAGAGCUUUGGCCAUACUCAGCGUGUGAUUGACAUACUGCAGUACGAUUAUCACUUUAGCCGCGAUAAAUUGGUCGCCAACAUGUACUUGCUGCAUGCCGAUCCAGAAAAUUUGUUGCGUUUUCCGACGGAGGUACCAUCGAUCGGUGGCAUGGAGCUGAAGGAAGUAAUUGCGAAGUAUCCGAAGAUCACGAUGGUAAAUCAUGGUUCGGUAAAACGGGUGUGUGAUAUACUGAAACAGUUGGACAUACCAGACGGGGAAGUGUUGAAAUGUUUGGCCAUAUUCACACUCUCUCCGCGUACAAUAGAGUAUCGGCUCGAACGGUUAACGCACGUGAAAGAGUUUGAGGUGCUGAUGAAACACCCACGCGUGUUGAGAUUGAUACAGUACCAUACGAAGGCCGCGAUACGGUUGGAGUAUUUGCAGCAACUGAAGGUACGCUGCGCCUCGUUAGACGUUCUGUCGAGUAAUUCACAAAGCUUCGAAAGGUACGUCCGUGAUGGUUGCGACCGAACGAAGGGCAAAGAUACUGGCUAUGUGCUGAAACACAUAUUCAAGGAACGUGGUGAAGCGGCGGUACAAAUGAUCAAGCGUCAUCCCAACUGGUUUCACGUGCCGGUGCUACAAAUGCAGGAAACGGUUGACCAGUUGCUGAACAAGAAGUUCACGCUGAAUGAUAUUUGCAAUAACAUUCACAUUCUGCUUUAUCCACUAAAUCGAAUAGAAGAAAAACUCACCUUACUGCAAAACGCAGAUCCAAAGCUCCAGGAAGAGCUGGGUGUGGAACUGUACAGAGCAAACAGAACGCAGAUAUUAGCGCUGGCGUUGUACUUGGUAGAGCUUGAGUUCCACUUCACGGGCGACGGAGUGUGGCCGGAGCAGAUGCAGCAGAGCGAUGCUAGUUCGACGAUUAACGUUGAAUUGCCGAGCAGUUUGAGUACCGAAUACAAGUUUGGUAAAAAACCUCCAAAUGCUCCAAGCAGUUCAACGUGAUGGCGUGGGAAAUAGUGCUACUGCUACUAUGUCCCAAAGUAAUCGAUCGUAAAGUGUAAGUGUAAAAAAUAUUGCAGACUAUCUUUUUUAAAAAAAAUAUGUACAUUGUGUACAUCUUCGAAGAAAAUUUAAAACAAAGCCAUACCAUCUGAAAUGUGCAUUUAGAAAGAAAGAUAGUGUAAAGCAGUUUAGCAAAAGCAAGAAGGAAGAUUUUUGUUGUGAUAUUUAUAAAAAGAUUUUCAUCUAGCCUAUAUAUUGCGUUGUAAAACUCA